UGGCAUGAGAAUAGUGCAGGGGGUGGAAGCAUAAAACCAGUCAGGAGUAGUGAAACAAAGCUCAGUCACCUCUCAAUUGGAUGUGUUAUCACAGCUCGGCUGUGGGAGGAUAUCGCAGGGGAAUCGCAGGGAACCAGCUGCAGCUCUUCUCUCUGCACAACUUCUAUUGUAUUCGGCUCGGAGGGAGGAAUAAGUUCACCUCAAUGAAGGAGAGACGAACCAGCCAGAAACUAUCCAGCAAAUCUAUCAUGGAUCCAAACCAGAAUGUUAAAUGUAAAAUCGUGGUGGUGGGAGACAGCCAAUGUGGCAAAACCGCUUUAUUGCAUGUAUUUGCCAAGGACUCCUUCCCAGAGAAUUAUGUCCCCACUGUAUUUGAAAAUUACACUGCCAGUUUUGAAAUUGACACCCAGAGGAUAGAACUGAGUCUAUGGGAUACAUCUGGUUCUCCUUAUUAUGACAACGUCCGUCCACUCUCCUACCCAGAUUCCGAUGCCGUACUAAUAUGUUUUGACAUCAGUCGCCCUGAGACGCUUGAUAGCGUUCUUAAGAAGUGGAAAGGCGAAAUUCAGGAGUUUUGCCCCAAUACUAAAAUGCUGUUGGUUGGCUGCAAGUCUGAUUUACGUACAGACCUCACAACGCUAGUGGAAUUGUCCAAUCACAGACAAACGCCCGUAUCAUACGAUCAGGGUGCAAAUAUGGCCAAGCAGAUAGGAGCAGCCACAUACAUAGAAUGCUCAGCCUUACAGUCUGAGAACAGCGUAAGGGACAUUUUCCACGUGGCCACUCUGGCAUGUGUCAAUAAAUCUAACAAAAAUCUCAAACGGAAUAAAACUCCGAGAACCACAAAAAGAAUUUCACACAUGCCUAGCAGACCAGACCUGACCACAGUAGCCACGGACUUGAGAAAGGACAAAGCCAAGAGCUGCAGUAUAAUGUGAGAGAUAUGAAUGGCAGAAUAAUAUGAAGAUCUGGUGAAUACUCCAUGAAGGGCACUGCCAAAAUGGAAAAUACUGUUGGGAAACCAGAGCUGUUAUGGAUUUUCUUCACAAUCGAUUUGGUAGAUAUGGAUGCAGCAUGCUGACCGUACAGAAGAAGAAAGUUGGAUAUUUCAGUGAACGCUCUUUUUGGAGAAAGAUAUGCCGAAAAAUAAGAAGUGAUUGCAAUGUGUAGACAGAUGGGGCACAAAAAAAAAAAAAUCGGUCUUAAAAUUCCGUUCCCUGACUCUAUCCUUAUUAUUUAGCCAAAAAGUUCAAAGCAAUGUUAAGUACUCACUUUGGCUAUAGUGAGUUUGCUCUCUGGAAAUGACCCUUUGAUCAAAUCAUCCCACGCGUUCUACACAAGAGGACAACAAUGAUCGAUUGUAAUGUUCUACAGAAAUAAGUCUUUCUGAAAGAUCUUCCUGGCUUUCCCCUUUUGUAUAACCUUAUUGCACAUCUACAUAGGCCAGGUAGUCCAUGGUACGUUUUUCAGUGAUCUAGCUUUUUAAUGUGAUAGUUUUUUUUUUCUAUGUUUGGUUUGUUUUUUUUGAAGAUAUGAUUAGCUGGUAUUUUAAACAGGAAAUGAACCAGGCUAUGUAACUCCUUAAACGUUCAGUUUAAUUCCAUCCUUAAGAUGAAAAAAAAAAUGAAGUUUUGAAGGUCCCAGAUAUGUAUCAGUCAGACUCCAAAAUGUCUAUGGAACAUAGCAUAUCAGCAGUGAGUGUCCAAUCUCACAGUCUGCCUUUUUAUUUUUUUUUAUUUUAUUUCCUUCUUCUUUGGAAAAUAUUCUUAUUGUUUACAUAAUAGUAAACUGCGCAUGUGCCGGAACCUUCCAUUGAACUUCUGCCAGCCAUGACCUUUGAGCAUUCUACUAAGAAAGGUUUGAAUACAAGUCCCUUUUUUGCACAGGAUGUAAAUGACCAUAUAUAACACCACAUUCACUUUUUGAAGUUCACUGGGAGGUCUGGUCAUAUAAACAAAAUUUCAGCUAGUACAUAUCUUACCGUCUCUUGCUUGUUGAAUGCAAGCAUUCUCUCCAUUAACGGCUUCGUUAUUUGAAGCAUGUGUCUGUGUUAUGACAAUUUAAACACUUUGUUUCAUGUGUAGACAGCAACUCUGCCACAUCUAUACAACAGCACUAGGCAACCUUUUGGCACAAUUACAGUCGUCUUCUAACAUUUCAGAGAGGAAAGGCCCUCCGCCUCUGCUGGAAUGUCAAAGAACAGAUUCCAUUCCGGUAAUUUGCCACAAGUUCAAAUAUUAUAACCACAGCAGUACGCUUUCAAUAACAGCUAUGUGCUUUGGGCAGUAUUACAACAAAAUAGUUAGCCAAUGCUUUCUCUGUAUUUAAAUAUUGUAUAAACCAGAUACAUUAUAACUGUCUCACAGCUAGACAGUGUUAGUUUUUUCAAUGUCUGUCACCCUUGUAUGUUUGAUUUGUAAAUGUUUCAGCUGUAUUUAUUACAUUUUUCCUUUUUAAAUAAUAAAGGCUCCAUUAAGGUUA